AUGAUUGGAGAAACUUCACUAGACAAUUUGCCAGAAAUUGUAGAUCCAGAAAAUCAAGAAAAUUUAGAUUUGGAAGAAUCUCAACAAGAAGAAGAACCUACUUUAGAAGAACGUUUAACAGAAUUAGUCCAAAAUGUGUUAGAUAAAAGUUGUGCUGUAGCAAUACGUGCAAUGAAAGAUUUGGAACAAAAAUUUUUAAAUGAUGAAGAUACUUUGGAAUUAAUUGAAUGUGCUAAUAAAUUGGUGGAGACUAUUCGUGAAGAAACUAGUCGGCAAAAUAAAUUUGCUUAUAUUCCUCCAAUUCCAAAUAAUCAUUUGGCCAGCUUUUUGUUAUUACGUUUUGAAGAGGAACGAGUAAAUAUUAAAAAGGCGGCGAUUUGUGCUUUUCAGGCUCUUUUCCCACAUCUUGGUGAUAGAGACCCAGAGAAUGGUGAAGUUACUUUUGAUGCUUUAAUUACCACUGUUUGUGCUGAUCGUCUGGCCAAUAAAUGCAAAGAUUUGGCUUUAGCAGUCCGCAAACAAGCUGCUUUGACUCUAACUCGUUUGUUGCAAGAAUAUGGAUUAAAUGUUGAGCGUUUUCGUUCAACAUGGCUACAUGCAGUAAUGCACCAAAUUGUUGAUAGAGAGCCAAGUGUGCAACAACAUGCAGCUAAACUUAUUUCGGAAGUACUUGUGGAGCCAUUACUUCGUGAUUCUAAUGCUAGUGGUGAAUUGGUUUGGGUUUUACUUGCUGCUAUUGAAGAAGAGGCGGAUUUAAGACGUUUAUUUCUUCGAACACUUGUCCAUCUACACACUGAAAAGCUACUUUCUCCUCGUAUUGUCAAAUUAUUAUUUAAUCGUGCUUCCAAACAGCCUCAACAAGCCAAUGCCUGUUGGAUGAUGUUAAGCGAACUUUCUGCAUUUUUAGAUGUAUCUCCAGCACCAGCAAUUGAACAUUGGUCUGAACAUUUAAAUUUGGAUGAACAAAAUCGUUUAAUUGGUUAUAUGUCAAAAUUAAUUGCAAAUCGUGCUGAUUGUUUAAGUCUGCAACAACGGAAUUUUCUUAAAUCAAAUAUGGGCGAUGCUCUAACAAAUCACAAAGUAAAUCCUACGUAUAUCAACGCUGUUUAUUUUGCAUAUGCACGAGUUUUAAAAGGCGUAGCAAAGGGAGGAGACCAACAACUUCAACAACCUCCAGGCCAUGCAGAAUUGGAACGUUUCAAUCAGCGUUGGUACAGCAAAACUUUAAGAGCUCUCGAUAAAACGGUUUAUGAGGAAGGGGCUUCUGGAGAUGAAAUUGUUUCUUUUGAAGAACAAAUUGAAGACCAUCUUCGUUCUUUUCAAUCACCUCCGGACAUCAAUAAUGAAAAUCGGGAAAAUGUUAUAACUGAUAAACCAACUGAUGACAGAUUAAUCCGUCUACUUACAAGUAUUGGUGAAUGUAUUCAAUAUACUCCAGCUCUUAUUAACAAACGUUUAUUUCGCUUAUUACAAGUCAUUAUUGCUUCGGAUAUGCUCAAAAAAGUUCAUGCUGAACAUAUUGCGGAACAAGGCACCACUGUACUUCCAUCAACUGUCAUGUCACCUUCAAAUGCUAUGUCAGUAAUGUCACCCAACACUUCUUUCCAUACUGAACUUCCAGGUGCCCCUUCAAUUGCACCUUCUCAAUGUUUUGGCAGUCCAACACAUACAGUUUUUAGUGGUGCACCUGGAUCUACUGUUCCAAAUCCUUAUCAAAUACGAAUUAAAAAACGAGUGUUUCAUUGUGAAUUAAUGACUCGUCGUGUGCGUGCUACAGCUGUUCUUACAUUGGGGAAGUUAUGUUUACAGGAUGAACAACUUGCCAAAAAAUGUAUCCCAGUAUUUAUUAGAGAAUUGAAGCAGAAUAGUGAUCAUUUUGUACGAAAUAAUAUUGUUGUUGUUGUUUGCGAUCUUUGUAUUAGAUACACUUCUUUGGUUGAUAGAUACAGCACAAUAUUAGCUUCAAGUCUUCGGGAUCCUUCAAUUUUAAUUAGACGUCAAACAUUAAUGCUUUUGACAAAUUUGAUUAAGGAGCAAUAUAUGAAAUGGGAAGGACCAAUUAUUUAUCGUUAUGUAACAACAUUGUUAGAUCAUGAUCCUUGUAUUCAAGAAUAUGCCAAUUUUUGUUUGACAGACAUUCUUUUACCUCAAUUUCGUGAGCGAAUGUUUUUUCAUCAUUUUCUUGAAUGUGUUUUUAGUUUUAAUCAAGUUAAACAUCCAUCACAUAUUAAACCAAUUUAUGAUGAUGGUUUUGAAUUGCAUUCUGAAGUGGAUAAGCAAUGCUCUUUGGAAGGUCGUCAAAAAUUCAAUGAUCGAUUACGUCUUUAUAAAUAUAUGGUUUGA